AUGUGCAAGAUCAAGAAAGCCGUUCCUAAGGCUCCGAUGAUGGCACCAUUGCCGAAAGUUCGUCUAACACCGUUUAUCAAACCUUUCACACACGUCGGUAUUGAUUAUUUUGGCCCUCUGAUGGUGAAACAAGGGCGCAGUCUCGUCAAACGAUGGGUAGCGCUAUUCACAUGCCUUACCAUAAGGGCAGUACACCUAGAAAUUGUGUCAAGCCUUUCGACGCAAUCUUGUGUUAUGGCGAUUCGUCGAUUCAUCGCGCGUAGAGGUCCUCCAUCAACAGUCUUUACAGACAAUGGUACGAAUUUCUUGGGAGCCAAUAAUCUUCUCGUCAACCAAUUACGCAACACGCACGAAGAGUGUGCUAUAAUUUUCACCAAUGCUAACACACGAUGGUAUUUUAACCCACCUGCAACACCACACAUGGGCGGACCAUGGGAACGUAUGGUAAGAUCCGUAAAGCUAGCAAUGACUGCAAUAGCGGACCACCCUCAACACCCGAGCGAUGAAGUGCUGGAAACCGUGGCCUUAGAAGCAGAGGCAAUUGUAAAUUCCCGCCCUCUUACGUACGUUCCCCUGGAUGCAGCAGAAUCAGACGCCUUGACGCCGAACCAUUUCCUGCUCUAUGGCAGCACCGGACUUCAACAACCUUCAACAUCUUUAAUGAUAACUAACGGAGUCCUAAGAGAUAGCUGGAAUUUGACCAGAACUCUGGUCGAAAAAUUUUGGAUGAGAUGGGUGAAAGAAUAUUUACCUACGCUAACGAGGCGCAAUAAAUGGUUCACCCCAACUCCACCUCUUAAAACUGGAGAUCUAGUGAUGGUUGUGGAUCAGCAGCAGCGAAAUGGUUGGAUUCGAGGACAGAUAGUUAACGUUGUAAAAGCACCAGACGGACAAGUUCGCAGAGCAGUGGUUCGUACAGCGAAAGGGGAAAGCAUAAGAUCAGUUACGAAUUUAGCACUCCUAGACGUCGAAGGUACAUCGAAAGGAACAGCUGAGACUCUCCGUGAAUCCUCGGAACUACACGGGCGGGGGAAUGUUGAGAAUACCCCUGGGUUCAAUGGUGCAAGUGUCGUGAGUUCCAGGAGCUCCCAGAAGUGA